CUCCCUUCCCCCUCCAAGAUGCGAUGAACCUCACAAGAUCUAUCCUAAAACUGGGCGCUCGUUCUCGUCUAUAUCUCGUAUUUCCAAAGGUCAAUCGUAUCUGCUCAUCCAAGAUGGCCUCUACUGAUGUCGCCACGCCCUGGCAUGCUGCCUACCCUCCUCCACUCAACAAGACGCCCGCGGCCAUGACACGCCAAGCGGUAUUGGAGAUGAUGAAGGACAGCAAGAAUAUCGCCGGCAAGAAUUACAUUCUCAUUGAUCUCCGUCGAACAGAUCACGAGGGCGGUACCAUUCGCGGAUCCAUCAAUCUGCCGGCACAGAGCCUCUACCCGACUAUAAAGACGCUGUACAGUCUGUUUAAAUCGGCGGGAGUUCAAAAAAUCAUCUGGUACUGCUCAUCCUCUCGCGGCCGGGGCUCACGGGCAGCUGGAUGGUUUAAGGACCAUCUCGACGAGCAAGGCGAUAGCCAUAUGGAAAGUGUGAUUCUAUUCGAAGGCAUUACCGGCUGGGCCAAAGCUGGGGGCGAGUUCAUGGAGUGGAUGGAUGAGUACGACGCGACUGUUUGGGAUAGCAAAUAGAAAUUAUCUAGGAUGAGUUAUAAUUAGUGGCUAAGGAAAAAUGAACCGCGGUAGCUUGAACUCUUGGCGUCGUUGCGACCUGCUAGAUAGGCGGCAUAAACACCCGCGCCAGAAUUUUAUAGCCUACUAAAUCUAAUAAGAACAGCU